AGGCGACCGAGAAGGCGAAUCAUGACCUGAGCGUGGCGAUCAAUCGCACAGCCGAAGAGGCGGCGGCGAACCUGACGCAGCUGAAGCAGCAGCUCGCAGCGCAGAUGCACGCCGAGCAGCUGGAGAAGGCCAACGUCACGGCGGCCGCCGCUGCCGAGGCGGAGGCGCUCAGGAAGACGAAGCGCGAGCGGCUCAACCUGCUGGAGCAGAUCGCCGCGCUGCAGAGCGAGGUGCGCCAGGAGCAGACGGCCGUGGCCUCCGCCAAGCGCGAGGGCGCACGGGCGGCGGCGGAGGCCGACAAGAAGGUGCAGGCGCAGAGGC